UACACAUUUUCAGGACGGACCUAGCUGUGUUCUCAGAACUGAUCAUUUCGGUGACGGAGUCAGUGUCAAGCUCCGCGGAGAACCAGAGAUGCCCAAAAAGAAAACCGGUGCCCGAAAAAAGGCUGAAAAUCGGAAAGAGCGAGAGAAGCAAAUACGAGCCAACAGAGAACAUGUUGACGUGGCCAAACACCCCUGCAACUCCAACAUGGAAUGUGACAAAUGUCAGAGAAAACAGAAGAACAGGGCUUUCUGUUAUUUCUGUAACUCGGUGCAGAAGCUGCCUGUCUGCGCGCAGUGUGGUAAAAUGAAAUGUAUGAAGUCAUCGGAUUGUGUUGUCAAACAUCCAGGGAUCCACAGCACUGGAAUGGGCAUGGUGGGGGCAGUGUGCGACUUCUGUGAAGCUUGGGUGUGCCAUGGUCGGAAAUGUCUGAGCACUCACGCUUGUUCAUGUCCUUUGACUGAUGCCGACUGCAUCGAGUGUGAGCGCAGUGUCUGGGAUCAUGGAGGGCGAAUCUUCCGCUGUUCCUUCUGUCAGAACUUCUUAUGUGAGGAUGAUCAGUUUGAGCACCAGGCAAGCUGCCAGGUUCUUCAAGCAGAAACAUUCAAAUGUGUUUCCUGUAAUAAACUCGGACAACACUCCUGUCUGCGAUGUAAGGCUUGUUACUGUGAUGAUCACACUAAGAGUAAAGUCUUCAAACAGGAGAAAGGAAAAGGUCCUCCGUGUCCCAAAUGUGGUCACGAGACACAGGAGACCAAAGAUCUAAGCAUGUCAACGCGCACCUUGAAGUUUGGUCGACAGGCCGGUGCCGACGAUGACGACGGUUACUACGACGGUGCGUCCGGGUACGAUGCCUACUGGAAGAACGCAGCGUCCGGAGGUGGAGACCAACAAGACGACUACGGAGAAGACGAUUACUACGAGGAAGACGAGUAUGAGGAGGACGAGGAGGAAGAGGAGGAGGAAGAAGAUGAAGAGGGCGAACAAGAAACUGCGUCCGAGUUGCUGGCUGGUCUUAAAUUGGAUGGUGCUGCUGCCUAAGCUGAUGGUGACUGAUGAGCUGGUGCAGCUGGAGCACGUGGUCCUGUAAACCCAAAGGAUCCUCAAGAAAGCUUUAGAUGCACAAUUAAGACUGGAGAUGAAUAUUAAAGCUGGUGUGAUGUUUUAACUUUCCAUAUGUUACUUUGAAAGAGAAAAUAAUUUUUUUUAAACAAUAUUCAAGCAGCUGUAUAGAGACAAAAUGAAUAAAAGACUCAAAUAACAGUUUCAAUUUAAUUUCAGUUUCAUAAAUUAAAUACCUGCUAUUAUAAGCCUAACUAAAAUAUUUUGAUGGUGCUCAGAAAGCUUUAAGUGCCCUGCUUUCUCCUCUGUUUUUACAGUCAAGCUUGGGUUAAGUUAUGAAAUUGCUUCUGACUCUUUGCAGUGAUUUGUGAUACAGGAGCAAAGGCUGAUCUUUGUAUUUCCACGCUCUAAUGGUUGUCACAUUUGCCCACCAUGUGAAUGGUCCCUGGAAACUUAAGAAGAUGAUGUUACUUCUAUUGGUGGCGUGAAGUUGGCAUACGUAAGAGGGUUGUUUAUGUCAUGGCGGUGAACUUUUAAAGAGCUGGGGGGGGGGUCUUCACUUUCUUUCAAACGAGGUGGCAACCAGUAUUGGCUGUUGGACAAAUACUCAUUCAGAUCUUAUGAAUUUGCCUAGAUUUUUUUUUACAAUCAGGGUCUGAUUGUUACAUUUAGGACCAGACUAUCCUUCCAUAUUUUUUGAAAUCCACCAGAAUCCACACAAAACUGCAGAGUAUACAGGACAUUUUCAAUAAGUCAUGAUUGUAAAGCUCUGGCUUGUCUUAAAUAGUCCAAACAGCAACAACAAACCUUAAGUGUUAGCUGCUCACCACAAUGUGCCUCGAGACUUUCAUCUUCCUGUUUAUGAAAACCUUCCUCAACCAUCUUACCCGUAUGCUUAUAUCCAAAAUAAGUCGUCCUGUUUUAGCUUGGUCAGCUGUAAUAAUAAACAAAUUAUUAGCUGGAAUGACUUGCCUAAAUCAUUAACUUCACUGGUUUUCUGAUCCAGGCAAAUUGGCGGCCACUGAAGUGAAUUCUUCUGUGGCUUGUUAUGAAUAAAGCAUAACCUGUCCUCAUUA